AGGUCUUGGAGGAAGCUGUUGCGCAUUUGGGGCCCUUUGACGGAGUCCUGGGCUUCUCUGAGGGUGGCCUGGCGGCGCAGCUGGCGUGCGACCUGGCUGAGGAAGAUGCGCCGUCCUUCGCGUCGCUGCGUUUCUGCAUUCUAGUGGCUUCACCACCACUAGGGAUGCGUCCAAGCAGGAUCAGGUCCCUCCAUUUUGCAUCCUCCAAGGACACCGUGGUCUCCAUCGAGGACAGCAAGCGCUGCGCGUCCCAGUUCUCGGAUGCCGAUUGGGUGGAGCAUGAAGGUGGCCAUGGGGUCCCACAUCGUUCGGAAGACGUGCGACUUCUGGCCACCUUCUUGGAGAAGUGUCGGGAUGACUGGCUGCCCCUGCAACAAGCAUCGGCGGAAGACAUCGAGCAGGAGACGCGAAUCAAUCAAGAGCAGAAGGACGAGGUUGAAACCCUCUCUGCCAUGUUUGCAGAGGAGUUGACUAUCUUCCAACCCACCUACCCUGUGCGGCUGGCCAUCAAACUGGAUGUGCCGGGUUCCGAUGCGGCUUCCGUGGCGGAAGCCGCCGCGUUGCGCUUCGUCUUUCCGCCCCUGUAUCCGCAGGCGCCUUGUGUGUGUGAUUUGGACACUGAAAGUCUGGCACUGCAAGUUCAUCGCCGGGAGUUAAUGGAGGCCGUCGAGGCCGCGCGUGAGCCUUUGGGCUUUCCUAGCGUCACGGCCAUGGUGCAGGAGGCGCAGCAGUGGAUUGAAGAACACCAGGGCCAACUGAAAGCUGGUGAGGCAGGUGAUAGUGCUCAAGGCGGCCCUUCUGAGGAUGAGGAUGCGGACGAGGGCGCUUGGUGGCUUGUAGAGGAGGCGGAGGUAGAUGAAAAGUUGCUGCUGGCAGCCGAAAAGAAGGCAUCAGAGCUUCUACCAGACAAGGCAGAGAAGAGCGCAUGGGCCCGGCAGUGUGGUGCCGGCAGCUAUGGCAAGCCUUGGACCUUCACCGUUGGUUUGGUAGGGAAGCCCUCAGCAGGCAAGUCGACCCUCUUCAACGCCGGCACUCGCAGUGAGAAGGAAGCAGCCAUGGCACCACAUCCCUUCACCACCAUCGAUCCCAAUGUGGAGCCUGGCUGGUUUGCAGCACCCUGUCCAUCAGUGGCACUAAAGUGUCAGGACGAGUGCGAGCCCGAACACGGACGAGCAGAUCAUGGGCGGCGGCGCUUCCCACUGCUGGUGAAAGAUGUGGCAGGGCUGGUGCCAGGCGCUUAUUUGGGCCGCGGCCGGGGCAACGCCUUCCUUAACGACCUGGUCGAUGCUGAUAGCCUGGUGCAUGUAGUGGACGCCAGUGGCCGCAGCGAUGCAGAGGGGGUGGACCAUGGAGCCUCCAAGGGAAGCGGGAAAGCCUCUGACCCGCUGGAAGAAAUUGGAUGGGUCCGGCGAGAGAUUCACAUGUGGAUCUUCAGCAACGUGCGCGCCAAGUGGGAUACGGUGCGCCGCAAGGCGAAGCUGGCGCGGCAGAGCGUGUCCCUGCAGACCUUGGCGGCGGAGCGACUCUUCGCGCUCUUCACAGGAUACCAUGCCUCGCAGCAACUGGCAGCACAGGUCUACGAAGCCACUGGGCACCGCUUGGACAUCCUCAACUGGGGUGAGUUUGACCUGCACCUGCUUGUGGCCUGUUUCCUGCGCGUGCGCUUUCCCAUCGUGGUGGCCUUGAACAAGGCAGAUACCUCAGAGGCUACGGAGCAUAUCGCACGGGUGCAGGCCGUCCUCGAGAACGCGGCGGUGCCCGUUUCGGCGCGCAGCGAGCUGUGGCUUCUGCAGCAGCAGCGGAAAGGACACUUGAGCUAUCUGGAGGGCGGCAACUCGGUGACGCUCGCGGAGACGGCGCCGGUGGAGGUGAAGGAACAAGUGGAGAUGUUGAAACAACGCGUGUUGGAACCCUAUGGCAACACGGGAGUUAUGGAGGUGCUUUCCCGCGCCGUGUUGCAGCGCAGCCCUGUUUUCUGCUGCCCCGUCUUGGACUUCAGCUCCCUUGAGAGCUUGCCAUCUGUGGCGUCCACGAGCGGCGGCUACGCCGGCGGCUACGCCGGUGCCACUAAAGGGAAGUCCAAGCUGGCGACGAUGCUCAUGCUGCGGCCCCUCUCCACUGUCGAAGAGGUUCAUGCCGCGCUCAAGAACGAGCAACUGCUCCGUGGCGACCUGGUUCGGGCAGAGAUGCUAAGACCCUCCGGCCAGGUGCUGACACUGCGCCGAGACGACGUGCUGAAGCCAGAGGGUGCCACUGCCGUCAUGCGCAUCCUCACCAACAAGAAGGCCAAGUGAUCGCAGAAUAGCUCCCGCAGCGUGCCAGGGGGCGUCAAAAAAA